AAAAAUUGGAUGAAGAAUUAUAAUAAUGGAUCCGACCCUAAUAUCUUUAGGAUGUGUCUCAAAUAAUGAAUCAUUUUAACAUUUUAGAUUUGUCUGCCUGGUAAAACUUGGUUGUACAAAUAUGCAAUAACUUAGAAACUAUUCCACUCCAAGAAAUGAGCAUCACUCUCAAAUAAAUAUUCCUUUUCAUGAAUAGAAAGUUUAGAAUGUAAGAAUCAACGGUAGAGUAAUAUCAUUAUAGUGAAUAUGAUCUUCCUCUUGUUUUUACAGAAAAAUAGUUGUUUGCUAUUCUCAAUUAAAUGAAAUUCGACCAAACUCAAGUAAACGAUUACUUAGAUGCUCUGACUACUCUACUUAAUAUAUUUUUCAAAUUCAGUCGAAUUUAACCAAUAUCCUUUUAUGAUGUUUAUGAAGUAGUUAGAAACAAACUCUAAAUUAUCUUAAUAAUUCAAUAACCUUGUAUUAAAGUUAUGGAUCUGAACCCAAAAUAAUUUAAUAAAUUAUUCAUAAAGUAUAAUAACUUGAUUCUGUAAUUCCUCAUCGAGAAUUGGAUAGAAUUUUAGAAAUAUGGAAAACCAAAGGAAGUAUAGAUUAGGAUUUGUUACUAAUUUUAAAAUCUGAAAUUCUAUAUUAAAUUAAUUUGACCAAUAAAUAUCAAUAAAAUAUAGUGUUUUAGAGAAUAUUUGCUUUAAUCUAUGCAAAUG